AUGAUUGGGUUGGGCUCCCGGUGUAGAUAUUUGCAAAGGAAACAUUUUUUUAUUACAUUCAAAAUGUUAAAUGUUGUUUUGUAUUUGUUGUCAUUGCUUUUUGCUGCCGCCCUAGCGAAAAAAGUUAUGCGAUCUUGUGAACAUGAUAAGAAACAGAUUCGACAAUACAUUCGACCACCUGGAACACAGGUUAAAGUCCCCGACUACAAAAGUCAACGUCAACAAUCCCAAAAAGAUAUAUUUUUCAUCAUCAUUUUGCUUCAAACACAAAGUGUGGAUGAAGAAGGCAAGAAUUUACAAGACAAAGUUUCUUGCACAUUUCAAGUUGAAAGAUGA